AUGGCUCGCCGUGUCAUCCGCGAUCGAGGUCGGAUCACAGGGGUUGAGAUCGAGUCUCGUGGUGACGGAGGCCGAUGCGGCAUCGUGAACGUAACGGAGUCAACUGGCCGAGUGGUGAUCUCAGGCGGCUACUAUGGCACACCGAAGCUGCUGUUCCGAAGCGGCGGCAUCGGACCAGAGGAUCAGCUCCGCAUUGUCCAGCAGAGCACCGAUGGCCCCGACUUCAUCGAAGAAACCCAGUGGAUCAAGCUACCAAUCACUCACAAAGACGUCAACUAUUAUGACUUUCAGAUUGGUGCAUGGGAGAGUCCAAUCCAAGCUGAUGUGGAUGCCUACUUGAAGAAUCGGACUAGGAUGCUUACCAUGACGGCGCCAAAUGAUAGACCUAUCAUGUGGGAAGUCGUUGAUGGACCGGAUGGACCACGUCAGUUUCAGUAUACAGCGCGAGUGGCCGGAGCGACCAAGAAUUCGAUGACAAUCUCGCAGUUCCUUGGCAGAGGCGGCACAUCUGUCGGUGCCGUGACGAUUAACCCAAAUCUCACGAUGUCAAUUUCUACUCUUCCAUACCAGCAAACAAAGGAGGAUAAAGCGGCCAUCAUUGCUAGUAUCAAAAGUCUGAUGAAGGCCCUGUCAACUGAUCCUGACAUCGUGUUCACACAUCCGCCAGCAAAUAUGACUGUGGAACAAUACAUAGAAGAGAUGCCUGUCAAUCUCCAGAGACGGCGUGGGCUUCAUUAUCUCGGUACCGCAAAGAUGGGAAUCGACAGCGGUCUUGAAGGUGGCACGUCCGUCGUCGACACUCACACGCGCGUCUAUGGUACAGAAAAUCUGUUCAUCGUCGAUGCUUCGAUUAUGCCUGGAAUGGUCACAACCAAUCCGUCUGGACCGAUCAUGACUGUUGCGGAAAGGGCAGCUCAGCGCAUUCUAGAGCUGCAAGGGAGCAUCUUGUCUGGUGGUGUUGCGGAUGUUUCAAAAGGGGCACAGAAGAGUCUGGCGAACCAACCGUUGUACAACAUCCCUCUACUUACUUGCGCGCUAAGUAUUGUCAUUUUACGGGUGGGAUUCUAA